UCCAGCCUGUAUACAAUGGGCGAACAUGCUAUCGGAUAACAAUAGAUUUAUGGAGAGCAGGAGAUCGUCUCGAUGCAGAGCGGCUUUUUCCGAACUUGUCAGCUUCAUGAAACUUUGGCCAUGUUAAGUCAACCAACGACGUCUAUCUCAGUCGGCAGCUUGACAAGUUCGGUCGUCGUCUAUACCCCAUCAGCAUGACAACUAGUCGUGGAGGUAAAAUACUAGCUGUUGUUCCAGAGAAUGUACGUGAGACAAGUGUCGGCACUGACAUCGUAGGGGAAAACAUCCAGUUCUUGGGAACAGUUCUUUAAGUGGUGAAGCUCGUCGCUUAACAAUAUUACAUCGCCUGACUGUUAUGGUGCUACAAGGAUCGACUUAAUCCAUAUGGGAAUCUUCGCUUUGUAAUCACAGCCACGAUGUUCACUGCACUAAAGAAGCUCGUGGGCAAUGAAAAUACGGCGAACGGCGCGACCCCGUCAGGUGGUUCCAGUCCUAGGUCUGGUCAGCCUGCUGCAAUCGAUCGGAGCCUCCAGAAAAUGUUUGCUAAAGGAGUUCAUUAUAACAUGAAAAUCGUUAUUAAAGGCGAUCGAAACGUGGGAAAAACAUGUUUAUGGCGUCGUCUUCAAGGCGCAAAAUUUGAAUCUGACUACGCGCCAACGAACGAAAUUCAAGUGUGUCACAUACAGUGGAGCUACAAGGCCACUGACGAUAUCGUUAAGGUGGAAAUUUGGGAUGUGGUGGACAAGGGACGCAAAAGGCGGCCACUUGAUGGUCUAAAGCUGAAUGGGGCUCUACAGGUCACGCAAGUGCCUGAAGUCGUCACGGCACUUGACGCGGAAUUUAUCGACGUCUAUAAGGGUACAAAUGGGGUGAUAAUGGUGUUAGAUAUGACGAAGGCAUGGACGUUCGAAUAUGUUCAGCGUGAACUUCCCAAAGUGCCUGAACAUAUACCAGUGCUUGUGUUAAAUAAUCAUCUGGAUAUGAAACAUCACAGAGCGGUGAGUGCUGAUCAGGUGAAGUUCUUUGUCGAAGGCCUCGAGCGUGGUGGCACUCCCAUACGUUACGCAGAAUCGUCGAUGAGUAACGGAUUCGGACUACGCUUUCUGCACAAGUUCUUCAACAUACCAUUUUUACAGCUGCAACGAGAGUCUCUUCUAGGCCAGCUCGAACGAAAUAGGUGUGAGAUGGAUGCAACUUGUGAAGAAUUAGACUUACUGUUGGAAAGCGACGAGACCAAUUACGAUCUGUUCGUUGAUCGUCUGGGACAGCGAAGGCGGCAAGUGGCCGACAGCUGCGCCAAUAUCACCAUGGUCCCAGGUGCAGCUCCAGGUAAAAUCACAGGUGGUGGCGUUCUCCCAGCGAAACUCCCUAAAAGUGUUUCACUUCCGGCGGAGAUAACAAACACAAUUCUCAACAAGAGAGCACUCAAUCAUCACCAGCCGACGUCGCCAGUUGCGCCCGAGAAGGAGGAGCUACCACCGCCAAAACAGGCUUACACGCAGAGAGCAUAUCGCUCACCAGAUGAUUAUGUCAAUGAAGCAAUGGGUGGAGGUGACUUGAACAAAUUUCUCGAAGAUACUGAGGAGGAACUCUCGAAAGAAGCCAGCCCCGAAAGCGGCAGUGAUGAUGAAACCGCAGGCAACCCACUCGUGUGUGGAUUUCAGGAUGAGCUUGACCCUGAAGACCUAAUCCCAGCAAAGAUACUUUCAAAAGGUGCAAGUCCGCUCAAUGCCACGGAAGCUAAUACGAAUAAAAUUCCUUCAAUCGAUCCUGCGGCAAGGCAACCAAAGCAUAACUCUGCCCAAAAUAGUGCUUUUAAUAGUGACGAGCCAGCUUCGAAACCCGUUCCUACACACAGCGCACAGGAACCAUUCGAACCACCAUCAGCAACAUCCUCAUUUGAAAAGUCUAUUGAGAAUUCCCCUGCAGCUAAAGUUAUUGAAGACCGUGCCAGCCAAACGGGUUCGAUAAAAGAUGAUUUCGCUGUGGAGUUAAAGCUUGAAAGGGAAGAACCUGAUGGCACCAGUUCUCCGGCUGAGUGGCAUCCGCACGACCUUGAUCAGUUGGAAAAACAGGCAUUCGAUAGGCUUUCAUCGCCAGAGGAGGUCGUACUAGAGGCCAAAGAUAUCGUGGACGGCAAGGAGAAACGGAAGCAUCGAAAAUCCUCUUACUCUAAGAAGUUAAAAAAGGAGAAAUCAUCGUCAGCCAAAGAACGGGCAACAGUUGAAGAAUACGGCUCAGGUGGUUCCGGUGAAGAUAAAAAAAAAAAGAAAAAGAAAAAAAAAAAACCUAAAGACAACGAGAAACUGGAUGGGCGUAAAUUGAUUGAAGAAGACCCAUUGGAGGCUUUUCUUAACGAUCGUUCACACUAUGAAGCAAUCUAGGUUUGAGGAAGCACUAUUUUAGAUCAUACUAGAAUCGAUAACUUCACCAUUUAUAGACGAAGGACUUGCUUGGAAAUGACUCUUCUAUCCAACUUGACAUUAUCAAGAGUAAUAAAUAUGACAGUGAUUGAUGAACACAUUGACUCGGUAGUAGAUAGGAACGCAUUUCGGUGAAGACGUAGAUAGCUAAGUUACAGCUAGCUGAAUUUCAAGAGGAGCCGGAGAGAAUCUGACUCGACCGUUACGCCGUUCUUUCUGCCAACGAAUCAACCAGAUUUAAGAAAAUGUAAACAUAUAUAACAGGAUGUAAACAUAUAUUGCACAUCAUGACGAAUGAGUGAAGUGACAAACUUAGAUAUACCCUCUGAGCAAAAAACCUGUUAACUUUGAUGAGGACGUGCACGUAUUCCUCCACGUCGAUUUUUCUGGUUGUAUGGUGAGAUAGUGGACGCUCGUACGCUGAUAACUUAUCACAAAAAAGUCACUGUUCAAACUAUGUUGUUACAUCGACAUCUGUAAAUGUUUUUUUUUAAUUUCCAGUAAAAUGUUAUAGUGUUGUUAGUUAAAUGAAGUUUAUGAAAAUAUGUUUUUGAUAAUAUAAUUCAAGUGCACAUUUGCAUCCGCUGCACAUUCAAAACGUUACGGUAACGAAACAUUUAUUUAAGAUAGACAUAAAUUUCUGUAGUACUUGAAUUGAUCAUAGGCCAAAACUACCACGUUCUGUCUAUAGAAAACAAUAGAUAGCCUAAUAAAAAAAAGUACCCACAUGAAAGACGGCUUGGUUGAUGUAAAACUUCUGGCGCCUUGCCUACGAUUGUCCAUAACAGUAACGGUUUUUACCGAUAUGAUGUUUAUUUAUGCGGUAUUAAAUGCUGCUUUUUAGUGCAAAGCCGGCAGGCAUGUAGUCAUCGAGUGGCAAUUGGUUUCAUCUAAUUCUGAUAGAAACAAACAUGAAACUGCCAGCUGAGGGCUUAGAAAAGCAAAUUAAAUAUCGUGAAUCUGGUUUGUUUAAUUCAAGGAAAGACUAUCGCUGUCGCCAGCACAGGGGGCGACAAUCAGCUUACGGUCAUAGAUAUCAACUGAUUAACUAGCAGCUUCACUGAAACAUUGUAUCUUAAUGCAAGUUUACGUACGACGAAAAACAAAUCGGCAUUUUGUGCCGAAAUGUCACUCGACGGGCGAACAGUGAGGGCUUUGUGUUCCGUUGUUGCUGGAUAUAACGAAUCAAUCAAUAUCGUUUUAUUCAACCUCUUCCACAUGCAGAGAAGAGGAUCAUUAAGCCAAAUGUGGAACAUGGACAAAUGUCUUAAUGACUUACCGCCAUCGCCUCCUAAUUUAGAAAAGCGAGUUAUCCUUUUAUUUCUAUAUUGCUAUGAUGGGCUGAAUAGAGAAAAAUGGUUCUGCAAAGUGAAAUAACAUAUUGUUACAUAUUUAGUUUUAACUAAAAAUAGAGCGGUAGGUAGUCUGUACAACGGAAAUACAAAAAUGAAACUAAGAAAUUAAGCAAUGAAGGAUUUUGCCGAAAUAUAUGAUGGGUAGAUUAGACUUUACCUACAAAAGCAUUGCAGUUCUCUUAAUCAACAUAUCUUUAGUGUGGGGUUGUUCAAAUGAGCCUGGCUCCCUGACUGAAAGCAUGGACAGGUGAGGCUAGCGGAGUAUUUAGUCCGUGGUGGAAGUUAUAUAGGCCCAAUAUGUGCGCGCUUAAACAUUAAGUUCCUCCAACUUAUUUACACGUCUUACAGAAUGUUAAACUUCUCCAAGAAAGUCAUUUUUCGUUUAAGCUAACUUGUGCUACGUUUUAAUUUGAUUACUUUGCAACCAAUUUGUCGGCCUAAGAAAGGUAUCACAAGCAAUCGUCAAUCUUCUCCGCUCAAAGUGCCUAAAUGUGUGUCUUUAGACGUGGUAAAUGGAGAGCUGCCCUCAAACCCAUUAGGUUCAGGACCUGUUAAUCAAUAUAACUCUUGGACAGUUUCCUUUAAAGUUGUACAAUUUAGUGGCUCGAGAAGCUAAGAAAAGGCAGCUUUACCACAAAUAAAAAAGAAAUUGAAACUGUCAAAAAUAAUGACUGUCUUGAAUUUUGACCGGUGUGGUUUAGCUUGAUUGAUGUUACUUAGCUGAAGUUAUCUGACCGUGGCUGAGUUCAGUUUGAAUGAAUUUGUUUCUCUGUUGAAAUCUACGGCUCACAGGUGAUGCUAGCACAUGACAUAUAAUAGCAAAUACUAUAAUAGAAAUGCUCAAUGAUGCAUAACAGCGCGCACUACGUGCAACAUCAGAGAUUGGCAUUUUUUGGUUGAGUAUAUACGAGUUAAUCAACGCUGAGGAAUAAACAAUUGAAAAGAAAAUGACAUUCUGUCCGUAACUAUAUAUAGCAGUUGUUUCUACUCUAAGUCUGUAUGCUUAUGCUGUCUAUACUUUUUACGCUUGGGUGUCGCACGUACUAAGCGGGGCGAAACAACCAAGUCUAAGACUGGAUCACUGAGAGACAAGGAAACAUCAAGAUGAUGGAAAUUGCUAUUGGACGCAUAUGAUUCAUUCGUCUAUAUAUUAAGUAUAGUAACUGGCAUAAUCUAUGUAUCAACCGGUGUAUCGCAAAGACGGAGAAUAUGCUAUAAUAUAGUAAACACCGUAAUGCUUACUUCAUAAUAAUAAUAUAAUAAGGUAUGCUAUACCUCUGCGAAUCAUAUUAGAUAUGAAUGCGAAACAAUCAUCGAGAGAAAAGCACGCCACAGAAUGGGUAUAAGCAAUGGAAAAAGUCAGUGACAAAGUAAUAACGUUAGUUUCAGAUGUAACGACUCCCGUUUGCGAUCUAAAAAUGUUUGCCUGCCAUUGUUUUAUGUAUCUGUUUGCGUGCAUGUAUGAUUAAUGGCAAGUUAUUUAAAAUGAACUUUCCAUGAAGGUCGUUCUGAAUUCUUAUGGGAAAACACACAGCCACCCUCCCAAUUUAUCCUAAACUCAAAAUUGAGUUCUUUGGAAGUAGUUUAUAACCAGUUCUAGUCACUGUAGUAUCAAUGCACCAAAUGCAGAGCAGCGCUUGAAGAAUAGACGCUUGCUUUUACUGAUUGAACUGGGCGUUAAUGGUGUCACUACUGUCUGGUCAUGCUACGGAAAUGCUUAAAAGAAUUUACAAUUAGAGGGCUACUAUAUACGUGCAUAAGAAACAAGACUUAAAGGUAGAUAUUUCCGAGAAAUCAGACAACAGACAGAAAUCUAAGUUGUCGGUAAUGCGACAAGGAUCACUGAAAAAUAUAUCAUUCGGAUGUGACUGAGAUAAUUUUAUAUUCAUUAUAUUUUAUAAAUAAUUUGUAUAGAAAAAAUCCGUGUCUUAUCGUAACGUUAAAUGCGGAAUUGUUCGUUGAAUACAACCACAGAAAUCGUAAAAUAUACACCUAUUUAGAUGAGAUGCCCAAAAAACUAAUUUUUUCGUGUAAAUACUGUAUGUUGUAAGGUUUUGUUAAUCACUGACUAUAACCGUGAACCCAAUGUAAAUGUUCUACAGUUUCUCAAUAAAAUUUAAAUUUCGAAAUUU